AUGGCGGGGAGCGAGCAUGAGGCCGUUGAGGUUGCCCUUCGCCGAGCCGUGGCGGGCACGGCGAAGCUGCGGCGACACGUUGCGACCUUGUCGACUUCAGCAGCCGGCUCUGUCAACGUCUCGGAAGCCAAGGCCUCGCAUCAGAGCGCCACAGCCGCGAUCAGCGAGGCAUCAGAGGCCCUCAAGGCCUUUCGGCCAAAGCCGUCCAGCAGUGUCUCCGAGCAAUCCUUGCAGAAGCUCCGCGAGCAGAAGCUCAAAGAAAGUCUGAAGAAGGCAGACGACGACUUGAAGGAAGCAUGGACGUCGUGGCAAAAGGCCGAGGAGGCUCAAAAGAAGGCCGUGGCUGCCGCUGCGGCGGCGCUAGCAGACGCGCCCGAGGGGGCUGCGGCCACCGCGGCAACUGGGCCGAGUACUGGGCAGACGAUGAUGGCGACGAGGGGGGAGAUCUCCUCCGGAGAAGCGAACCUCCAUGCUGCCAUUGUUGACGAGUAUGCGCAGGAUGCAGAGCGCGUCUCUCAGCAGGUCCGUGAGAUGCAACGGGCACUGUUGGACAUCGCACAAAUUGCUCAGGCUCAGGGGGAGACCUUGGAUAACAUCGAAAGCGGCGUUUCUGGGGCGGCCUCAAGCACUGGCCGUGGCGUACGAGAGCUUCAAGUCACCAGCCAACGGCAGCAGCUAAGUCUGAAGAGAAUGCUGUGCAUGGUCGUUGCGGCGGUCUUGCUGGCGGCUGCCACGUGUGCGGCUGCAGUACAUCGCGCAGACCUGGCAUAG